GAUGCUGCUGCCUUGGAUUCAUGUUAGCACCUUGCUAGCAGGUUGUAGGCUAACGGGAGGCACGGGAAUGUUCCACUCUCACUGCCACUCUCUUUAACACAAGCUCGGAACUCCGUGGGCUUCUUUUUAUUUAAAAAAAAUAAUAAAAUAAAACAUAUACAGGACAAACUUCUAAACUGUCGAGAUGACGACGCGGUCAGAGAGAGAAAAAGCCCAGAAACUGAACGAGCAGCAUCAGGCCAUUCUGUCCAAACUGCUGAGAGAACAAGACAACAAGUUCUGUGCUGACUGUGAAGCUAAAGGACCACGAUGGGCGUCAUGGAACCUCGGGGUGUUCAUCUGUAUCCGCUGUGCCGGCAUUCACCGCAACCUGGGCGUCCACAUCUCCCGAGUCAAAUCUGUCAAUCUGGACCAGUGGACGCAUGAACAGAUCCAGAGUAUGGUGGACAUGGGCAACUCCAGGGGCAAACAGCUGUACGAAGCCCACCUACCGGAGAGCUUCAGGCGCCCGCAAACGGACCAAGCUGUGGAGGUUUUCAUCCGGGACAAGUACGAGAGGAAAAAGUAUUUUGACGACAAAGGCCUGACCACACCUCCAAAGGAGCCUGAGAGGAAAAAAGAGGAGAAAAAGAAAGAGAAGGAUGUGGAUAAAGGGGAGAGACACAGCAACGUGAAGAUGUCAGAAUGCAGAGCCAGUCCCAAGAAAAGCCCAGAGCCAACUGUGGACCUGCUGGGUCUGGAUGCUCCAGAAGGAGGUGGAAAGAGCCCGAGCGGUGCUGCACCAACCAGCAAUGAACUGGACAUCUUUGGACCAAUGGUCUCCAAUCCUCUCCCCUCUGCCAACAACACACAGAAGGCUCAGUCUGGUUCCGGUACGGCACCUCCGCAGCCAGAUCCUUCCUCCACCUCCACCUCCUCCUCCUCCUCUUCCUCCACCACUGCCACCACGAAGGCGGAGGAGAAGAAGCUUUUAUCUAAAGACUCCAUCCUGUCUCUAUAUGCCAGCAGCUCGGUGGGUGCUCAGCCACAGAGUCAACAACAGCCUGCUGCAGGACAAGGUGUGUACAUGGGCCAGUUUAUGGGCGGAUGUCCGAUGAUGUCCAGCAUGGCUCUGCCCAACGGGAGCUACGUGGGCAUCCAGCAGCAGCAGCAGCAGCAGCAGCAGAGCAUGAUGGCAGCCAACCAAGGACAGAACACUUACCACAUGCAGCAGCAGCAGCAGCAGCAGCAGCAGCAGCAGCAAGGACAGUGGAAUAUGAGCCAGAUGACCCAGCAGAUGUCAGGCAUGGCUGUGAGCGGCGGAGAGUCGGCACCAGGCGGACCCGCGGCCGGUUGGCCCCCCGCCCCGCCAACAGCUUCUGGUCAGACCCUCAGCACUCAGCUGUGGAAGUGAUGAUUCCAGAGGAGGAUGAGUCGG